GAGCUAGACCCUCCCGCCGGCGCUUGCGUAGUGAGAAGCCAGUGUUGUUGAGGAGAGCUAGAGGAGUGAUGGCGCAGAACGGGCCGGUUGGGCCCGACAGUACCGGGGGUGGGGGGGAACAUCAUCCUCCUCGGCGUAGGACCAGCUCCUCCGAUGGUCCUUAUGCUUCGGCUGGGGCUCCCCGGGAGAGACUUAGUUCGAGCUCCCGGCCUAGGCAGCGCCUGGAAUCACUGGGGAGGAACAGGCCGCCCUUUCCUUGGUUUGGCUUGGAUAUUGGUGGGACACUGGUCAAACUUGUCUAUUUUGAACCCAGAGAUAUCACUGCUGAAGAGGAGCAAGAAGAAGUGGAAAACCUCAAGAGCAUUCGGAAAUAUCUGACUUCCAACGUGGCAUACGGGCAAACUGGCAUCCGCGAUGUCCACCUGGAGCUGAAGGACCUCACAAUGCGCGGCCGGAAGGGCAACCUACAUUUUAUCCGCUUUCCAACCUACGACUUGCCUGUCUUCCUCCAGAUGGCUCAGCAGAAGCAGUUCUCAAGUCUCCACACGUCACUGUGUGCCACAGGCGGUGGAGCAUAUAAAUUCGAAGACGACUUCAUGACUGUCAGCGGCCUUGAACUCUGGAAACUGGAUGAAAUCGAUUGCCUUAUUAAAGGGGUUCUGUUUAUAGACUCCGUUGGGUUCAAUGGGCAGUCACAAUGCUUUUACCUGGAAAAUCCUAAAGAUCCUGAAAGGUGCCAGAAAAUUCCAUACAAUCUGGAGAACCCAUACCCCCUUCUUCUAGUAAAUAUUGGCUCCGGUGUGAGUAUCCUGGCGGUGUAUUCCAAGGAUAACUACAAGCGGGUCACUGGCACUAGUCUUGGAGGGGGGACCUUUUUCGGCCUUUGCUGCCUACUAACCGGCUGCUCAACAUUUGAAGAAGCUUUGGAAAUGGCAUCAUUAGGAGACAGUACAAAAGUGGAUAAACUUGUAAGGGAUAUUUAUGGUGGAGAUUACGAGCGCUUUGGUUUGCCUGGCUAUGCAGUAGCUUCAAGUUUUGGAAAUAUGAUGAGCAAAGAGAAAAGAGAUUCAGUUUCCAAAGAAGACUUGGCCAGAGCAACGCUGGUUACAAUUACAAAUAACAUUGGCUCCAUAGCACGGAUGUGUGCUGUCAAUGAGAACAUCAACAGGGUGGUGUUUGUGGGCAAUUUCCUUCGAAUAAAUACCAUAUCCAUGAAACUUUUGGCGUACGCCUUGGAGUACUGGUCGAAAGGACAGCUGAAGGCUUUCUUCCUUGAACACGAGGGCUACUUUGGAGCUGUAGGUGCGCUUCUCGAGCUCCUCACUACAAUAACAUGAUGGUCUGGCCGACUGCGGAUGGAACAAAGCAGUUACAUACACUAAGCUCUGUGGCUGUAUAUGCUGGGCAUAGCAGGAACUGUACAUAUGGAAUAUAUGAUAUGUGUAAAUAUUGAGAUUUACAAUGCAGUUUUAGUUGCAACAUGUAUUCGUUUAUAUAAAUAAUUUGUAAAGGGUCACAAUUAUAAGUGUUUCAUAUUGUCCUUGAAGGAGAACUGUUACAAUGAUGAAAUAUGAAUCUGUCGUGUAGAAUGUUAAAGAUAUGUCAAGAGCUAAAUCAUUUGGUAACUACUCCCCCACUGCUGAGCUGAGUCUGAAUGCCUUAGACCUCAGUGGAUUGUUAGCAGUCAAAACUGUAAUUCUCACUGACCAACCACUCUAUAGAUCGUUAUACAUGGCCUGCACUUAUUCUGCUUAUUUUUAAAUAACAUGCCACUUUUUAAAGGAGAACCAAACCCUAAUGCAUAUGUCUAGAAAUGCCAUACUUUGUUGCACCAGCCUAAGGUAUCCGCAUCUCUAUAGUAGGAAUGAUCCAAGACUUCAAAGUUGUUCACAGGAGCUCCCCAUCUUGUGUUCUAUUAGGAGCACCAGUGGCACUGCACAUGCUCAGUUAGGGGUCGUUACAAAUUAUCAGAAAAUAAGGUUUGUCAUAUACGCUGAUGCUACAGGGCUGAUUAAUAAACUCUGAUGCUAGUUGCACUGGUUUCUGAGCUGCCAUGUACCAGUAAUCUGUACUAUUUACCAAUCAGCGGAUAUUAUAACAUUUAUAUUCUAUACAUACAGUAUAUUGUGCAUCGGUCCCUAAGCUCUCAGGUAAGUGACCACAGCUCUGAGCAAGUUCAGUGAAUCAGCAGAAAAGAAGAUGGGGGGCUGAUGGGGGAACAGAUCUUCCCUGCUAAAGGGCUGUGGUUGUCUAGGGCUGGUACAGGAGCCCAAAACAUAAUGUACAACAUUUCUGGCCUAAUUCUUUAGGUAGGCUUUAGUUCUCCUUUAAAAUUGGAUGUGUGUGAGCAUUCUUAGAGCUGCUCGUUCUACAGGCCAUUGCACUGGCUAAUGUGCUUCUGGGAUGGGUCCUUGGCCAGCUGUAAGGCCACUUUAACUUAGUGGCAGCUUGGGCGUUUAAUGCUUUUCUUUACUGUUAUGGGAUCCAGUAGGAUAAGGGUAUUCAAGUCUUAUACUCAUUAAUCAAGUAGCACUGCCAGAAUAAUGCCAUUUUAACUUUUGUUUCUCAUUCCUUUCAAUAUUGUAUGUUGGCAGGAAUAGACCAAACCUGACACUAAAACAUCCAGUUUAAUAUAAAGCAGCACAUACGCAGGUAGCAGUUUCUCAGGAAAGAGAUCUAGACACUGUAUGCACAGUCUAUUAUAGCCAACCAUGUCUCCAUAAUGUUAAAUUACAUUUUACAUUGUGUUUAAUAAACACAUUUUUAUUUUAUUAACCAAAA